AUGGACGAGGGCUACGCCAACCUCCCCACCAGCCACCUCCUCGGCUCCGUCCCCGCUGUGACACAGGACGACAGGAAACCCAGUCCCCCCGCCGCCCAAGAUGCAGCUGCCACCUCUCGGUUGCAGGAGUUCCCGCCUGCUCCUGGUGGUAAUGGAGGAGGGUAUCGGCCACCAGGUGGCCCUGCAGAUGGAGAUGUAGAAAACCAAGCAGAUUGGAAAGGAUACUUCAAUGUUGCAUCUUAUGCUCCAUACUUCAAUGUUGAUACUGAUGUUGUAGUUGACAGGCUCAUCAGUUCAAUUUAUCCAAUGGAUGGGUUUUAUAGGAAAAUUGAUGCUAAUCCUGACAUGUAUGGGCCUUUAUGGAUCACCACUACUCUGGUUUUCAUGCUAGCUGCGUUUGGUAACUAUGCCACUUAUCUGAUGCAAAAUAAAAAGGAUCUGGACAUAUGGAACUUUGAUGUUGGUUAUUUCAGUUGGGCAGCAUCAGUCAUGUAUGGUUAUGCUGUCAUUGUGCCCGCCGUGUUCUUUUUCCUGUUUCAGUAUUUUGGAUCACGCCAAAGUCUUGUUCGAUUUUGGUGUAUGUGGGGCUAUUCUCUGUUUGUCUUCAUACCUGCAUCUGUACUUUUGCUUAUUCCUGUGGAAUUUCUUCGAUGGGUCAUCAUAGCUCUUGCUGGUGGUGCAUCAUCUUGGUUCAUCGCUUUAAAUUUGAAGGAAUGCACUGAAGGAGCUGAUCUGAUGGUUCUGAUGGCUAGUGCAUCAGUGCUGCAAUUUGCUCUGGCACUGUUCAUCAAAGUUUUCUUUUUUGCCUGA